AUGGCUACUUAUAAUGCUUUAGCUGCUACUACUUUAGAAGGUAAAAUAUUAGGUAUUUGGUUUCCUAUUAUGGUAUUUGUAUCAUGUUCAUUUGAACAUUCUGUUGCUAAUGCUUAUUUUAUACCUUUAGGAAUGUUAUAUGGUGCUAAUGUUACAAUGUAUGAUUUUAUUGUUAAAAAUUUAAUACCUGCUACUUUAGGUAAUAUCAUUGGUGGUGCUUUUAUUAUUGGUUGCUUAUUUUAUUAUGUUAAUGAUUAUAGAAAUAGACAUAAUAGAUUCAUUUUUAAUUUUAUUGAAAAAAUUUGGAAAUAUUUAAAAAAAUCAAAUUUAUUAAGUAAUACUAGAUUUAAUUCAAUGAAUGAUAAUGAUAAUUUAACAACAACAACAAAUAAUGCUGAUGCUGAUGAUGAAUAUGAUGAGGAGGAAGAUUUGAAAUCUGAUUUGGAUUUCCUUGAAGUUAAAAAUAAACAACAAGAUGUCAUUUAA